AGCACAGAAGCAGCAAUGGCGUUGGCAAAUGGCAAUGGGUGCUCCAAUGGGCCGCCCGUCAUGUUUCAGCCCAAUGCGAUUACUCGAUUCGCGUGGUCCGGCCCGAUAAUAGUCCGACGAUAUGCUGGCGUCGGGGGAACCCUCAGUCGUUUCAGUUUCCCUUCUUCGAAUCGAGCCACCAUGGCGGCGGAGGGCAGCUCGUCGACGGGAACACUCAAGGUUGACGAGGAAGAGUUCUUUGGCGCCGAAUCCGGCUGGGUUGAGGCUCGAACUUCCUGCGACCACCUGCCAUCGUUGUGCUCCGACCUGUCCCAAAUUCCUCUUCCCGAUUCCCCCUGCACUAGGUGUCGUCACCCUGCCGAAAACUGGCUAUGUUUGAGCUGCAAAGAUGUUUUCUGCAGUCGUUUUAUCAACAAGCACAUGGUGAACCAUCACCAAGAAACUGGGCACUGCCUUGCUUUGAGUUUCAGCGAUUUAUCAGUUUGGUGCUUCAACUGUGAUGCAUAUCUGGAUGUUCAGAUGAUCAGGCAACUACGACCUGUUUAUGAAGUUGCCCAUCUGCUAAAAUUCGGCGAGCGGCCUUCUUUGCGGACCUUGGAGAUGUAGUCAUAGUCAUAGAAAGAUGGUUCUCACUUAAGCACUUUAACUUCUGCUAGUGGCUAAAAUUUUCAACUUUUAAGCAAAGCUCUCUUAUCUAUUGUUGCUUCCUUCUUUAGAGGAACUACAUGAUGCUAAACUUUGAAUUUUGCUUUAGGAAAUAAGUGGGAUUGUGCUGAUAUUUUUCUGCAGAGAAUUGAUACAUUAGUUUUUCCAGCAAAACAAAUGCGGUUAUAAUCUGUUUAUGUUAGAAUGUGAAUGGAAAAAAACAGAGGUCUCCUGUGAAUGGAAAAAAACAGAGGUGGAGACGAAGGAGACUCCAUUGUAAAUGAGUUUUUAGUCUCACGUUGGGAGUCUUAUGACUCUAUUAUUGGUUUAUAUUGUACCACAUGUAUUGUAAUUGUGAAUAUAUGUACGAGGAGAGAUUGUAAAUUGAGAAUCCGGAUUUGCACUGAACCAAAUUAA